UGGCGUGCAAAUCAAAAUGGCCGAUGCUUCGAGAAAGGUGUGUCGUGGAAAUGUAUAAAGAAUAACCAUCUACAUUGAACUUCAGUGAAAGUUAUCGUGUUCAUUACUGGUUCGUAACAUUGUUUUGUGAUUAAUUAAGGUGGAUUUAGUAUAUUUGAUGUUCAGCUGUCUUCGCUGCUGGUUAUCGCAAGGAUUGGCUACAAUGCGUUACGACGGAGGUGACUCGUCAAGUCUUCAGAUUCGCGUGAGUCGUUUGGCCUAUAUCGCGAGGCCGUCGUCGCGUUCGCCCGGAGGCUGCAUGUUCGCCUGGCGAGGGCUCAUUCCGCGCGACCGUAUUGUCGCGAGAAUCGCGCUUUCGUCGCGUCGCGAUUACGUGAUGUUAAGUAUGUCGGUUGGCUUACAGCGGCGUUGCUGGACAUCGCGUCCCGCCGCGUGGCACCGCAGCCCGCGCCGCCCCGGGGCUUCGCCCCUCGCGUCACGCCGCGCGCGUUCGGAGCCCUCGCUCCUAAAUAUCGAGCGGAGUAAAAGAGAAUGUCGUCACGCCGCAACGGAUCCGUGUCGCGGGCGGCGGAGGCGGCGUCGAAGAAUCGUCUUCACAUGGACCGCAACCCACAGCACUCGAGGAUAACAGAUCCAGCUAAUCCGGCCGGUCGGAGGAAGGAAAUUGACAACGUGAUGAAGCGAGCCCGGCAGGCGUCGCCCGGCAGCUGGGACAGGAAGCUGCUGGAGGUCGAGGAGAAGGAUCCGAACAGAUGGCGUCACACGGGUUACAAGCAGAUGUACUUGGACGGCUCCGGGUCGGCUUCUCCGAGACGAUCUCGCUCCCCACGACGCUCUAGGUCGCCGCGCCGCUCGCGCUCGCCCCCCGCGCGCCGCUCCCCGCGCGCGUCCCGCUCGCGCAGCCCGCGCAGCCCGCGCCGCCGGAGCCCGCCCAGACGCAGCCCCGCGCGGCGCCGGCGGAGCGCCAGCCCGCGCGCGCGCCGCUCGCGGCCCCCGCCGCGGCCGCCCAGCCCGCCCGACCCGCGGAAGUCGUCCCCGUCCGGCUCGUCGGCGAGCAGCUGCUCGGAUGAGUCGUGCUCCGUGUGCUCGGCCAAGAACAAGAAGGUUCCACCCAAACCUGUCAAACCGGGUGCUCGCACGUCCCCCUCACCACCUCGGACCAAGCGUCCCGCGCCCCCGGCAGCCGCGCGAGCGGUCCAACCGACGAGGGAACUGUUGAAAGCCAGAGAGAGCAGCAAGAGAUCGAGGGAAGAGAAGGUGUUGGAGUGGCAACGCUCGCAGCUCGCCGUGAGACCGACGCCGCCCAUACCGCCCGCGCACAUCAAGCGCGAGGGCGAGCGACGGCCGCGCCCGCCCCGCCCCGAACGCCCGGACCGGCCCGACCGGACCGACAGGGUGUCGCCCGCAGCCAUCGCCGCCGCGCUCGCCGAUAGCGACAGCGACUCCGAGAGCGACGCCAGCUCCGAGCCGCCGCCGCAACGGCUGACGCUGUCGGAGCGCUUCGGCAAGAUGGCGCAGUGGUCGGCGGCGCGGUGCGCGCGACUGGAGAACAUGCGCAUCACGCGACGCGACAGCGCGCUGCACGUGCACAUCGAGCGCGACGAGCGCGCCGCAGACGCGCCCGACGCGCCGCGCCCGGACUACCCAGGCCUCGACCCUGCGCCCGUUGGCAGCUACCCUGAGGAGCUGCUAGCCGUGGCUCCCGGGGGCUUGCCCUCGUGGGAUGACGUCAGGGUGCGAUACGAUUACUACAAAAAGAGAGGAUAUUUGAGAGGUCUCACUCUCGGCGACUACGUGAAAUGGGAGGAGUGGUGGUACAAGUACCAGGAGUGGCUGAAGAGGGAGCGCGCCUACGAGCGGUGGGCCGAGGGCGACGGAGGCACGAGUCGGCGCGAGCGUCGGCGGCGCGGCGGGCGGCACCGGCGCAGCUGAGGGCGCGCGGCCCCCGCGGCCGUGCUCUGCGUAGACCUGGCCGCGGGGGCCGCGCACCGCUAGUGCGCGACCCGCUCGCUCUCGAAGCACCUCCGACCGUCUCGGCGCAGCUCACAUCGACAUCCGUGACUGCGAAUAUCCAUUUCGAAGAUGCCCUCAAAUGAUAGAUACGAGUCGCUCGGUGAAGUGUUUUAGUGUUUCGGGUGUGAAUUGACUUUUAAAGUGAGUUCUUUAUAUUUAAGGAUACAUACUUACGUAAUGUAUAUUCAUAGAUAAUUACAAACGAUUAUAUCUUUUCAUUUAUUAUUAUAAUUAUUUAAAUCUCGUGAAAAUACAUUUGUAUUAAACUAUUUAAAAUUUAUACAAAACUGAAAACUUAUGUACCGAAAUGUCUUUUAUUUUUAUUUUUUUAUGUAUAUUUUAUUUGAUAGGAUUUGCGUAAAAUUCUUAGCGUCUACGUUGCGAACGGAGUAACUAUGCUGUAUGCUUACAUAUAUAUAUAAAUUGUAAGGCGUACUUUACAUUAUAUCCCCUAAAGCGCGGAUAUCGUGCAAAACGAUCAUACUAGUUAUAAAUAAGACAAGAUAUGAUCGUUUGAAGCUGUCUAUAUAGCAAUUAGCUUAUAAAAUACCAUAGGCGUAUGAUUCUCCCUUUCGCGGGGGGGGGGGAUAUUAUGUAAAUAUUAUGGGAACCAUUAUAUGGUAUAUAGUGAAAUUAAAUGCAAGAAGGGACAAAUUUAAUUAUGAAAUAAUAAAUUAUGCAAAAUUUAUAAGUUUAAUUAUUUAAUAAAAAAAAUAAUGUGAUUUUAUGCCACAAUAGUAUGCUUUAGACAUUCGUUAAAAAUCUUUUAUUAUCAUAGCUAAUCCCUAUGACCAAAUGAAAACAUUCAGUAGAAUUAAAAUCAAAAUGUUUUAUAUCAUAGGAAUAUCUGAUUUCACCCUUAUGUUACUCCAAUCGAAUUGUUUUCUUGAUUAAAAGUAAAUGGAACAAAAUACACUACGCUUUGUAAUCAUUAUUAUAAUUUUUUUAACCACUGAACGCAACGUAACAUUUUUAUAAUGAAGUCUUGUGUACAAACUAUAUGAUUCAGAUUUGGAGUUUAGGCUCUGAAUGCUAACAUAUGUUUAUAUAGACAGGGUUAAACUAAUUAACCUCCUUACAUAAUUAGGAUAUUCGUCAAUAACUAUUGAUAUCAUAAUAGUAUAGUUCUAUUAAUCCAAUGUAAAUAUUGUAUACAUUAAGAUGAAAAUUUAUUUAUAAUAUAAAUAAAACAAAACAAAAUAUAUAAAUAAUUUUUAUAUAAAGAAACGAACGAGGCAAAUAAGUUACUUAGGCUUCACAAUGGAAAACGUUGCCCCCUGUGUGUGGCUUUGAGAAUAUCUUCAUUGUGAAGUGCGUUAUGUAUACCGAAGUAUAUCAUAGUUAUAUUCAAACAUUGUAUAUAGAAAGGUUUAUGUCUUAAGUGAACGUUUAAAUAUUGUAAUGUAAAAUUCGAAACAAUCUUCAGGAUUUAUAAAUAAAAUUAAGAAGUAAUAUAUUUUCAGGGAAAUUAUAUUUGCAAAUAUUAAUUGUUAUGGAGAAGAAUUCAUUAAAUUGUUUAAAAAGAAAAAAAAGUCACAAACGUUACAGAGACAAAAGUGUGAUAUUAUAGAAAUUUACACUGUAAACUUUUGUCAGAACUCUCUCCGAGUACGAGUAACUGACAUGGUACGAACGGUCGUUGGAAUAUUUAGACCAGAAUCGAAUCUUUGGUCAAUCUAUAUUAAAACUAUUGCUAUCUCUCUCGCGUAUGUGUGUAUGUUUAGAUGUCAGACUCUUCACCAAUUUAUUUACUUUAUAUAUAUAUAUAUAUUUAUAAUAAACUAACCGUAAGUUUUUUGUAAGCACUUAAAUAGUUUGUAAAUAGAAACUUGUCGAAAUCUCGUAAUCCUAUUUAUACAUAGAUGUAAUAUUAGAUUAUAAAUUUAUAUUCACUUUGAGCGAAUUAACAAUUUAUAAUUAUGUAAUGCUUUCGUGAUAUAUAAUAUAAUGAUUUGUAUUGUUGGCAAUAUAUAUGUGUUCCUCUCAUUCCGUAGACACUGUGUGAACUUUAGUUUUAUCGUUUGAACUAUAAAGCACUAAGUCUGUAUGCAUGUUCGCACUAAUCUCAGGAACUAUUAUAGAUUAGAUGUUUUGUUCUGUUUUCACCUGUGGACUGUUUGAUAUCGAUAUAUAUACAUUAUUUUUUUAAUAUUAUUUAGAAAUGUGAUAUUCAUUGAAUAACUAUAAUAUUAUCUUAUUUACAGUUUGAUGAAAAUAACAUAAAAUCAUUGUUCACAUUAUAAGGGUAUGUACGCACUAUGCGGAUAGCCGGAGUGCGGUUAACCGGACGGUUAACCGCACUCCGGCUGACAAAAAAAAUGUAUGAAAAAUUAGGGUAUGUACGCACUAUGCGGAUAGCCGGAAUGCGGUCAACCGUCCGGUUAGCCGCAUAAAUACUAAUUUUUCAUACAUUUUUUUGAUUCCGGACACUCCGGCUAUCCGCAUAGUGCGUACAUACCCUAAGUCCGAAUGAGUCAUAGACGAGUUGUAUUGUUAAAUAGGAUAUAACCGUACAAGGUGUUAACAAAAAUUUAGCUUGAGAGUAAGUUUACUUCAAGUUACUUGAAAUGUCAAAGUCAGUUUAAUCAGAUUAAAUACUGCGUGCUUGAUCAGUUUUUUUUUACUUUACCGUGAAAUGAAAACAGCGCCAUCUAGUGACAUGCCGGUAUCACAUACAAUACAACGCUAUGGAAUAAAUGAAAAAUCUUUCACAACACAGCAAAUGUUUGAUGGUCAUUGGUUGAUGGCAACCAAUGACCGUUCAGAUUGAAAAUAAAUUAGAUAAUUAUAUGUCUAAAUAUUAAAGAUUGUAUUUGUUUGUAUUCAAUCCGCUUACAUCGUUUAUCCGAUAUAGUUGUAAUUUUGUACGAGAAUUGCUAUUUUAAACGUAUCUGGUGCCCUUUCACUGGAUGGCGUGCGUUUUACGUUCACAAGUAUUUUAAAUGUGUACAAAAAACACAUUGAAAUUAAUGUAAAGUUGAGAUUAUCUCUAUAAAGAAUCGUUUAGGUAAUAAUUAUUGUACAUACGCAUACAUUUGUAAAAUAUUAAUUAAUAUUAAACUAAAGAAAUGUUUGAAAAUCAUAAUUUUAUUGAGACGAACUGGCCCCUGUCGGUUAAGCUGUACGGGAGCAACUGCUGUGUCCGUGUAUUAUUUUGUGAUUUUCAAAUUCAAUCAUUAUUCCUCUAACAGACACACUCAGAUGAGUAUUAAACUAUUUAGUUACACGUAACGAGUUAAUAUUUAAUAAUUAAAAGCCUUUAAACUUAUUAUUUGUAAUAAUUUAGAAGAUGAUCACUGGUGGUAGACCUUUGUGCAAGCUCGUCUGGGUAGGUACCACCCACUCAUCAGAUAUUCUACCGCAAAACAGCAGUACUUGGUAUUGUUGUGUUCCGGUUUGAAGGGUGAGUGAGCCAGCGUAAUUAGAGGCACAAGGCACAUAAAAUCUUAAAUCCCAAGGUUGAUGGCGAUGUAGGCGAUAGUUAACAUUUCUUACAAUGCCAACGUCAAUGGGCGUUGGUGACCAUUUACCAUCAGGUGGCCCAUGUCCACCUUAUCCGCCUUAAGUUCUUUUGCUGUAACUUUGUAAGUUAAAAACAAAAUUAAACUACAAAAAAAAAAUCUAUAAAAUAUAGCAAUUGCGUCAUCAUUUCUUUGCCACGUAUAUGACAAUUACUAUACUUGACUUUGUCAUAUACUAUCAUUGGGAAUGAACUUACUAAAAAACAAUUGGAACACACUACACUGCCAAAUAACUUCGUCGAUAUUGAGAACGUAAUUUCUUCACGAAUCUAUAAUUAAUUCUAUAUUAAUUAUUAAAUUUAAUCCACAAACACGCAACAAGUGUGUAACGUUGGUCUAACUGUACCAUAGAGAUAGACCUCGACCAAUGGUAUCGCGUCGUUUCAAGGUGAGUGUUGCCAUUAAAUGAUCAUUGAAACCUCGUGAGUGUGGCUGUGUGUUGAUACGAGAAAUACAAUAAAAUAAAUAGUUUGUAUAUUUCAUAAUAUUCCCUGAAUAUAUUAUUUAGAUUUGUCUAAUAACUCGAAAGUUAAUUUCUAUAAUUUGUACAAUAAGUAAGUUAACACUUUUAUAUGUCGAAAUAGUGUAGACGUUUUGUAAUCUUGUUGGCACCGAAGUGGAAGUCGCUCGCAUCGUAAUUACUAAUAUUAAGUACUGUCGUGUAGAUGUUCUAUUAAAAAUAAAAUUAUUUAUAAAUGUACUGUU